UCUAAGGGCCAAUUGAUUUCUCAAAUCCCUUUAACUGUCUCUCCGAGAAGAUGAUUCACCUCUUAUUUGGCCUUGCAUUCUUGGAGAUGGCUUUGGUAGUUGUCCUUCUCUUUAAAACUCCUCUGAGGAUGCUGUUGAUGCUGGGGCUGGACCGUUUGAAGCGGGGAAGAGGGCGGCUCGUUGCGGGGACCGUGGCGAUGACCAUGGUGGUCGUAUUCAGUUCGGCGGUCUACAAUGUCUUGGGCAUCCAGAGAGGCCUAGCCGAUGCGACCAUAAUCAACCCGACCGAUCAGGUCCUCAUGGCAAAUAGCCUUCUGGAAGCAUCUCUCUUGGGCUUCUCCCUAUUCCUUGGGAUAUUGAUAGACAGGUUGCAUUACUACGUUAAGGAGCUCUACCUAUUGAGGAACAACUUGGAAGCAACCAAGAAAUGGAAAAGAGAUUAUGUGGAGAUGGAUAGCAUUGGAUCAUCAAAGGCCCCUCGUCAGACGAGGAUUGAGCAAGCUCCAACGAAAUCUAGCACGUGAUUUGGGUGAAGAGAGAACGUGUGUUAAUUAAAUGUAUAUCGUCGCACUAUAUGUCCGUUAGCGGCUCGUCGAAAUCCGAAGACGAUUAUAGCGCCGAUGGGAUUGCGAAGACCGAAUUUAUUGUCGUCUCAAUUGUACAUACAAAAUACCAAUUUGACUAUGGCUCAAAUCGUGCGGCAUGAGUUGCUUUUCACUUAGCCAUGUU